AUGUUGAUCGGCCGACAGCCGCCCCGAGCCGCGCAGCCACAGUCCCGCUGCCCACGGGAGGCCCGGCCCUGCGCUGCCUCCCCGCCUGUCGGCGGGCUGCGCCGGGCAAGGCGCCCCUGGAAAGCUCUUACUGUCGUGGUGCCUCUGGGGUUCAUGCUGAUGCUGACCCGCUGCCUGGGGAGCCUUUUAGCAGUCCUUCCUACUGGGCAGUCUCCACCCAUUGCUCUUCAGGUCAUUGCUAAAAUGGUUGUUCUUACUGUGUUGCUAAUACCUUGUGCAAGCCAAAUACCUCGAGAGCCGUAUGCAUCUGACCAGUCUCAGUCUCUACUGCAGGGUUGGAUUCAGUGUCCAUCACUUACUGAAAAUAUUUCUAAGCCUGUUUUUUCACUAAAUGCUGCAGUAGAGGGACAGCAAAAUAAUUCUGUAGAUAUCAAAUUGAAUGGAUUUCAGAAAGAUUCAGAAGAAAAGGUUAGUAAAUUAAGUAAUGAAGAUCUCUCUCCAGAAAUAAGCCUCUGUCUAGAUGCCCUUCUGGAAGAUAUAAUAAUGGUUCCAAAGGAACAGACACCACAAGAUAUAUUUCCACACGUUUUAGAAGAUUGCCAGAGAACCCGCAUGACCAUUAUUGACACAGAUAACAGAGUAAAAGAACAUUCCCCUAAUAAUGGCACAGAUCUUUCACUGGCAGCCCCAGGGAAGAUUUUCAUGGAAGCAUUCACUGAACAGAGUAUAGAGACUGCUGAAUUUGAAAUCAGUGAUUUGUUGAGAUCCCUCAGUGAUUCUGAGACUCUUAAAAUGAUAAACACUAACUUGCCUGACAAGUUAGAGUGUCAGGGUCAUGCCUUUUCCGUUGAUCCAUCAGCAGAUGAGAGCAGUGAUGCCCUGCCAGUACAGCUUGUGACAGCUCUGAAUGCCUCUGUAGUACAACCUGUCACUCUUGUAGUGCCAAAUGAGAGACAGCUUAACACCGAGGGAGAGCAGUUAAAUUCAGAACCCAGUAUUCCCCAGUUAGAUGAUGACUGUACACAAAUAACAAACAUGAUUAAGCCUCAACUUGCUACAAUUCAGGUGGAAGAAAUAAAAGCCUUAACGGGAUCUAACUUGCAGAGGACAACAAAUGAGCAACCUGUUGGUGAUCAGCAGAGAGAGAAAGAAGUAAUUUCAGAUUACUGGGGUGCCACCUCUAGUGAAAACCAAACUGGUGAGGGAAGUUCACAUUCAGUGGAGGCUGCAGCAUGUGCAGAAACAGCCCGAACAACAUCAAGGAAAGCAAUGCAUAAAAUUGAGAAAUCUACUUCUAAAGACAAGCAGGAUCUAGAAACCAACAUAUGCCAAGAAAUAACUCUGAAUGAGGAUAGAAAAGCUAAGCAGAGAAGAAGAAGCAAGAGAAUUGAAAACAAACUGAGACAAAAAGUCUUUGGUAGGAAUUCUGUGAAUCCUGUUUGCCCCAUUUCACUUUCAACAAUUAAUAGGAGGAAUAUUUAUGGUGAGACCUUACUGCAUAGAGCUGUUGCUCAUCAAGAUGUAGACCUUGUACGUAACAUAAUAAAAGCCGGUGGAAAUGUAAAUGUUCAGGAUUAUGCUGGCUGGACUGCACUACAUAAAGCAAGUGUGGAAGGCUUUUAUGGGAUAGCAAAUGAGCUUUUGAAAGCAGGAGCUGAUGUUAAUGCUAGAGGAAAUGAACAAAUAACACCAUUGCAAGAUGCAGUUAAAGAAGGCCAUUAUGAGAUGGCAGAGUUAUUACUUUGGUAUGGAGCUGACCCCUUAUUAAAAAAUGAGAUGGGAAGGUGUGCAUUAGAAGAAGCUUCUAACUGGUCUAUGAGGAAACUGCUUAAAAGAUACGCAGUGAAAUCCAGAAGAGAUUCAGUACCAGGUGGAGAUGAUUUAAAGAAUAUGUUAAAUACUCAAAGCAUAGAAGAUACAAAUCUGCACCAGAUUUCCUUACAGACAGAUCAGUCAGAACCACUGUGUGCAAACCCUCAGGAAACAAGCCAAAAGGCAGCCUUGUAUUCCAGUAGCAGCAAAAACAAGCUUUCAUCUAAUCAAUCACAACUCAGUCAAGCAUCAGAACAGCAAACGUCCAAGAAAUCAGAAUCAUCCCUAUCUACCAGAAAAGAAGCUGUAAUUUUACAUGGUACCUGUAAUACAGGAGCCGGGAGAAAGACGAAAAAGAAGAGAAAUGCGAAAGGGGAAACUCAGCUGCAUAUUGCUGCUAGGAGAGGAGAUUUGUCUUUGGUGAAAGCUCUAAUAUCAUCUGGAAUUUGUGUCAAUGAACAGGACUAUGCAGGCUGGACAGCAAUUCAUGAAGCUUCCAAUGGGGGAUUUACUGAAGUGAUCUUAGAAUUACUGAAAGCUGGUGCUAAUGUUAACAGCAGAAGUCUGGAUGGUAUUUUGCCAAUACAUGAUGCUGUUUCUGGCAAUUAUUUGGAGGCAGUCAGGAUUCUACUACAGCAUGGAGCGAAUCCCUGUGAGAGGGAUGGUUCAGGGAAAAGUGCUUUGGAUGAAGCUUGUGAUGAUAAAAUGAAAGAACUGCUGAAGUCUUACAGUGCUGUGGACUCUGUACUUCCUGUUGAAAUUAUUGAAGUUACAGGUAUAAGAUCAAAAUGUCAUUGUUACGACUACUGUAAAAAUGAUGAUACAGCUUUGGAGCCACAACAUGAGAAAUACAGUGUGGAGUCUGUCGCUGCCAUACAAGAUACAGAAGAGAAGCAAAAAGAACUGUUGCUAUUUGAACUGAGAACUUCCAAAGAUGCAGAUGUGUAUAUCCAAAGGCUGUCUCAGAUACAAGAUUCUUUGAAUGAAAUGCUUGCAAAACAGAAAACAGAAAGGGAUACCCUUGCUAAAAAAUACAGGGCUUCAGUGGAAUCUUUUAAAAAAGGAGCACUGAGGAAACAAUUAGUUAACCUUGCUUCUAGGCAAAAGAGCCUGUUGACUAUUGCCCAAACCCAGGAAGAAUUAGUCCAGAAAAUACAAAAUUACAGAAGAACAAAGCAAGUGUUCAGUGCAUCAUGUUCAGAUAAGCAAAUCUCAAACUUAGUUAUUUCCUGUGGAAAUGUUAAAGGACAAAGUUUAACUGCUGGUGAAAUCAUGUGUCCUGAUGUAGUUACAUUUAGUAUGGGGCUUGGUGCCAGCAUGCCUAAUGGAAACAGAGUAGAAGCACAUCUCUCUUUAGAAAAUAGAUUUUCAGCUCAGGAAUGCAGCCAACAUCCACACAUCUGCUUGGCUGAGACAGGAGCAAAUAAAGAAGCAAUUAGGAGCAAAGAGGCUUCUGAUCAUGCUUUGGCAUCCGAAAACGGCAUAAGAGAAUAUCCCUUCGACAACAUGUCAAAGCUGACAAAUGCUGUAGAAGUGGUGACAUUGCCUUCAGAACCUACUGUUUCCACUGCUAAAACAAAGUGCUCACAGCAAAAAGACAUUCAUUGUGUAGCAAUUGCAGAACAAGGAAACAAGUCUUUAAAUCCCACUUCAGUGACCAAUGCAUUAAAUAUUGUAGAACCCCGAAGCGUUGUUGUCAAUAACAAUGUCUGUCAGCCAGGCAGUGACUGCCGGCAGGUUCUUACAGAUGAGGAUCUCCACAGAUAUGUAAAUAAGAAAGAAGCUUUCCAGCGGCAGCAGCAGCAAGUAAUUUUGUCAACAUCUACAAAGAACUUCCCUAAUACUCUGCAGCAAAUGAUCUUUCAGAGUAGUGAAAACUCAUUUCAUACCAGCUCGGUGCUUACAAAUCUUACCUCAAAUACAGAUUAUCCAGUAAACCUCAGUGAGAAAUCUUCCCAGAGCUAUAGUAAUCAGGAAUGUGAACAAAAACAAGUGAGGUAUGGAAGAAAAAAUAGGAAAAAGCUUCAGCUGAUAGAUCUACUUGAAUUGGGAAGGAUUAAGCCAGGAGAAAAUGUUUUAGAAUUCAAACUGCAGGAAUUUAGUCAUAAAGCCACGCUCUUAAACAACGGCAAGAUCAGAACCAGUAAGAGACAAAUACUUCAGAAUCCAGUUCAGUGGGUUAAAGACCUACUAGGAAGUGAUAUUUCUGUGACAUGGAAGUAUGUGUGGAAUAAGGUUACAUAUCUUGGGACACAGUUGUCAAAAUUUAUUGUUGAAGAAGUGUCAGUUUCUAGUGACCUGGAAUUACCAUCACAAGAAAGAGAGCCUUUGGGCUCUUCUGUCCAGUUCAACUCAGUUGGAAGUCUGACACAUUUUCUUCAAUUCAGUGAGAUAGUAAUGGUAUGUAAAGAGGAGUUUCUGCCAUGCCCUGUAAUGGAAAAGCACUGGAGUUUCUACAAAGGAUGUGAAGGUUUUGGAUUCUAA